UUGUAACUUGGGUGAGGGUAUUUUGGUCUUUUUAACACUUUUCGGUAAGCCCAUCGCUGCAUUUAUCGGGUAAAGUAGCACUGCUCGAGACAACCAUAGGGCUGUCUCCUCCAGCAAUCGAAGCAUACCACUUCUAACAUUUUCAUCAUCAAAAGUAAAAACAUCUUCACACCUCCCAUAUGUGGACUGGACUGGACCCAAAUAGACACCUCCUUGUGUAAGGAUGUCCCAUAAUCUUAGAUAUAAUUGACAACUCCUUCACAUACUCGUUUGCACAGCAAUUCAUCCAGUCCCAAAAACCUGAGAUUUAACAACACCUUCCACAAAGGAUUUGUAACAACCAAGCUACCAACAUGCCUUUUGUCAUUUGCAGGCCUCUCUUCCACCCAUAAAAGACGCUGCCAUUAGGCCCGUUAAUGGCCUCCCCGGCCUCGUCCAUUGAUCUAAAAUGAACAACUACAAGCUUAAACUUAUUUCCUUUUGAUCUAACCCUUCGUGGUAUGCCAACAUCCACUAUUCUUCUACAUUUUGCAAAGGGGUUGUAUAAUGCUAGUCGACUAACCACAGGAUGAAGGAAGUUAACAAAGACGAAAACCGAGACAGCUGAGGCCCGUCACUGAACUCCCAACUCCUAUAAUUCGAAGCUUUUGAUAUGCAGGCGCGCGCGUGUAUAUAUAUAUGCAGCUUAGUUCCUCGUUCACGGGCCUGAGAACUCCUCCUCAGCUUCUCACAACCCCUUGAAAGAUCUUGAAAUCUUCCGAGACUCUCCCGAUCCUCGUCCACGCCUUCGAUUCCACGCUUCUCCUCCCUUCUGUCCCGUCUCAUUAAUUUUAAAAAUUAAACUGUCUUUAAUAAUGUCUAAUCCACCUCGUUCGUGUGCUUGCUUAAUGUGCAUGAUCAUGAAUUCUCAUUGUUAACUGAAAUUUUUUCUCACCAUUAGUACCCAGAUCAAUUUGUCAGACGUUGACUACAAUUACCCAAAUCUCUGAAAUUGUUACAGACAAUUAUGUGUGUGUGUGUGUGUGUAUGAGAGAGAGAGAGAGAGAGAGAGAGAGAGGACAUGCAAAAACAGUAAUGUUUUGUGGAUGGUGGGAUCGGGCCAAGCUAUUCCAACUUCCAAACUCUUUUAACAGAUUUGCCAAAAAAAGCAUCCGCUCAUGAUGUCAUGUGAUGCCAGCCUAUUUGUUUCCCGGGAAACUCUCGGAACCAAAAGAAAAGAAAAUAGUCGAGGUGCAGUGGGAAGACUCUGUCAACUGGUUUCAAAGGCAAUCCUCACCAUCAAUCCUUGGCCCUUGUCCCCCCAAAUCCUACCAGUAUCAGUUUUUCCUCCACCUCGCCCCUCUAGAACCAUGGAUUUUUGUCCUUGACCUCUCAUUCUCGGCCCCAAAAAGCCCCCGCCCCAUUGUUUUUUCCUUUUAUUCCUUUUCUUUUCUCUGGCCUUUCGGGCCACCCCCAACAUUUCAUAAUCCUUCUUCUUCCUGCUUCCAUCACUUUCUCUCGCUCGCUCCCUCUCCAAUGGGGAACUGUUGCUCUCGUCGCAACCAGAAUGAUGAUCCCCUGAGCGACGACAACAAGAAGGACGGACCUCAAUUCGACGAAAGCAAUGCCGGCCCCUCCCCCCACAACUCCACUGCCCCGGCCAAGCCCUCCUCCGGUGGCCCUCCCUCGGCCUCUCCCAAUCAGUCCACCAAGCCCUCCAAGCCUAGCCCUUUAGGCCACGUUUUAGGCCGGCCAAUGGAGGACAUUCGAUCCACCUACACGAUUGGGAAGGAACUUGGCCGAGGCCAAUUUGGCGUGACUCAUCUGUGCACCCACAAGGCUAGCGGCGAACAGUUUGCUUGCAAGACGAUUGCCAAGAGGAAGCUGGUGAACAAGGAGGAUAUUGAGGAUGUGAGGAGAGAAGUCCAGAUUAUGCACCAUUUGACAGGCCAACCAAAUAUUGUGGAGCUCAAGGGGGCUUAUGAGGACAAGCAUUCGGUCCAUUUGGUGAUGGAGCUGUGCGCCGGGGGGGAGCUCUUUGACCGGAUCAUUGCCAGGGGGCAUUAUACCGAGAGGGCUGCUGCCUCGCUGCUCAGGACCAUCGUUCAGAUCGUGCACACAUGCCACUCUAUGGGGGUCAUCCAUCGCGAUCUCAAGCCCGAAAACUUCCUUCUCUUGAACAAGGAGGAGAAUUCGCCUCUCAAGGCUACGGACUUUGGCCUGUCUGUGUUCUACAAGCAAGGAGAGCAAUUCAAAGAUAUCGUCGGUAGUGCAUAUUAUAUUGCACCCGAAGUGUUGAAGAGAAAAUAUGGACCGGAAGUAGAUAUAUGGAGUGUUGGGGUUAUGUUAUAUAUUCUUCUGUGUGGAGUUCCUCCUUUUUGGGCAGAAUCGGAGCAUGGAAUUUUCAAUGCAAUCUUGCGUGGUCACGUUGAUUUCACGAGCGAUCCAUGGCCUUCAAUUUCACCCGGAGCAAAAGAUCUUGUCAGGAAGAUGCUGAACUCGGAUCCCAAGCAGAGGCUGACAGCAUUCCAAGUUCUAAAUCAUCCUUGGAUUAAGGAGGAUGGGGAAGCUCCUGAUACACCGCUUGACAAUGCUGUUUUGGGCAGACUCAAACAGUUCAGAGCAAUGAAUAAAUUCAAGAAAGUUGCUCUUCGGGUUAUUGCUGGCUGCCUAUCAGAGGAAGAAAUCAUGGGACUGAAGCAGAUGUUCAAAGGGAUUGAUACGGACAACAGCGGAACAAUAACACUAGAGGAGCUUAAACACGGGCUCGCGCAGCAAGGGACCAAGUUAUCUGAGUAUGAAGUCAAACAGUUGAUGGAAGCCGCUGAUGCCGAUGGCAAUGGGACCAUAGACUACGAUGAAUUCAUUACAGCGACAAUGCACUUGAACAGAAUGGACCGAGAAGAACAUCUCUACACGGCGUUCCAAUACUUCGAUAAGGAUAACAGCGGGUACAUUACCAUAGAAGAACUAGAGCAAGCUCUACGUGAAUUUGGAAUGAACGAUGGGCGGGACAUUAAGGAUAUCAUUUCUGAAGUUGAUUCAGACAAUGAUGGUCGGAUCAACUAUGACGAGUUUGUAGCCAUGAUGAAGAAAGGAGACCCCGAAGCAGCGCAAAACCCCAAGAAAAGACGCGACAUUUCCUUUGAUCCUGCAGGGCUUUGAGAUAUAUAUAUGUAUGUAUGUAUCAAGUAGAGCAAAGAGUACGUAGAUAUCCUUUCUUAUCAUACGCACGCACGAUAAUGAUGAACAUUGUCUAAAGAAAUGCCAUGAAGACAGAAAAAAGAGAGACAAAUUUGAUGUAUUUCUUCAUGUAUAUGGAUCGACCAUUUACAGAUUGCAUUGUAAAAUAGUGGCUAGUGGCUGCUGCUGGGGGAUGUAGGAAAUGAUAGAAGCCCGACGAGGCAUUCAUCACUGUGAAAAAUUAUUCUUAAUUUAGCUGGGGUCGGCUCGGCUUAAUUUCUCGUUGGUUAACAUUUUCAACCAGUUGUCUUGUUGUGGCUUGCUAAAACUUAGAAACCAGUGGAGGAGUUCCUUAAAAUGUAUCUACAAUUCUUGUUCAUUAAUAUUGAUUAGAUACAGAUCAUA